UUAUAUUGGACGAGCACAGUGUAUCGUACGAUCGCCAACGCUUGCGGUGCGUGUUUCUGGAUUAUUGAAGCGCGCGCAUUUAGUACGGACGGAUUUGAAAUAGCCAUUGGUAUUCAAUUUUGUGAAGACUAUAGAAACAUUCUUCCACAUACAAGCAAACAUUUCCAUAUAACUCGAAAACUCGCACAGCUAUAAGUUAACUAUGGACCGUAAAGGAUUAAAUACAGCCUUCAUAAAUCCAUUCGGCCAACGUCCCUGGAUGGCAAAUUCCGGCGCAGCAGCACCUUCAGCGGGUAAUAAAGGUGUGAAGGGUAUUGUGGCUGGAGGCAUCACUGGCGGCAUUGAAAUUUGUAUUACCUUUCCCACCGAGUAUGUGAAGACACAAUUGCAGUUGGAUGAAAAGGGCGUUAACAAAAAGUACGAAGGCAUUGCCGACUGCGUGAAGAAGACUGUAAAAUCAAAUGGUUUCUUUGGCCUGUAUCGUGGCUUGAGUGUUCUGCUUUACGGCAGUAUCCCUAAAUCUGCAGCGCGAUUUGGCGCCUUCGAGUUCUUGCGUAGCAACAUGGCCGACUCCAAUAAUCAGCUCAGCAAUUCGGGCAAACUUUUGUGUGGUCUUGGUGCUGGUGUUUGUGAAGCGAUUUUGGCUGUCACACCCAUGGAAACCGUCAAGGUGAAGUUCAUUAACGAUCAGCGUAGCGCGAACCCACAAUUUCGCGGUUUCUUCCAUGGCGUCAGGACGAUCGUGCAGCAAGAAGGUAUUGGCGGCGUAUACAAAGGUCUCACACCCACCAUUCUUAAGCAAGGCUCGAAUCAAGCGAUACGCUUCUUCGUGAUGGAAUCGCUAAAGGAUCUUUACAAGGGUGGCGAUAAGGAUAAGAAUGUGCCCAAGCUGGUAGUGGGCGCAUUUGGUGCGGUAGCUGGUGCUGCCUCAGUGUUCGGCAAUACCCCACUCGACGUAGUGAAGACACGCAUGCAGGGUCUGGAGGCAGCCAAGUACAAGAAUACUGCGCAUUGCGCCUUGCAAAUUUGGCGUAAUGAGGGUGUGACAGCCUUCUACAAGGGCACAGUGCCACGACUGGGUCGUGUCUGUUUGGAUGUGGCCAUUACAUUUAUGAUCUACGAUUCAUUCAUGGAGCUCUUUAAUAAAGUUUGGAAAGCAUAGACAACGAACAAUUGCCAAUACUUGCGACAUUUGCAAAAUUAAAAAUAUGUACUUGUAAAACAACAAAAAGUCACCCACGCCCAUAUUUGCGCAAAUACGCCAUUAUACUCGUGCAUAGAUAUGUAGUUGUAAAUACAUAUGUACAUACUCGUAUGUAUAUGUAAGGAAAAAAUUGAAAAUUGUAUGUAUAGUAGAGACUUGAUAGAGUAGUGUGAAAUGUGAAUUGCAACAACACUAGUUGCUUGUAGAUUUGCAAGGCAAAGUGCAGAAAUUACCAACUAGUCAAUUGAUGCAGUUAAUGUACAUACGAGCACAUUCGAGGUUGUGUGUGUAACAAAUGAUAUGGAUGAUAUUAACGUACAGAACUUUGCAAUUAAAAAAUAGAAAGAGUUUACAUACAUACAUACAAAGAUUUAACUACAACGCAUUAGAAUGGAAUAUGAGCCAAACUUAUGUGAAUGAACGCAGAUCAAUUUAAAGAAAACGAAUUUUACCAUAAUUUGAAAUGUAGCAUAAAUAUGUGUAUCGCAUUUAUUGUUCCUUUGUGCGCUAAUUUACAUACAAACAUAUUUACAAAAAGCAUGAAAGCACUUAUACUUGGUUACUUGAAACAUUCUAGUAAUUUUUAGAAAUCUAUUUGUGUACAUAUGAUGGUAUAGUUGAAUGCAUUUGUAUAUCAAACAUAUAUUUAUAUACAUAGUGUAAACUUGAUUGAAGACGCAUUUACUUAAAAACCUGUAAAACAAAUUACAUAAACGUACAUGUUGUUAAAUGUAAAAAUUG